GAAUGCAUAACUUGUAACUUCAAGUGGAUGUGUUUUGACAAAUCUCUCAACUGAAAUUACUCUACAAUCUUUGCAAAACCUGUAGGGCUCUAUAUCACAUCCAUACCAUCUCAAAAUCAGAUUUUGAUCUCUUCAAAAAGAUAACUCCUCAAUUGUUUCCUUCUAUCAUUCACAUCUUUCAAUUUAUAUUGAAUACCAAGCCGCUCACAAUAACAUCGGACACCCUUGAAGCUCUCGAGCAACUCAUUUUCGACGCCAAAGGCGAUGUUCUCCUCAUAUUUGCUCAACAAUCCGAGAGUGAUGCCGAAACUGAAGCAUCAACCAGUGAGUCUGGAUCGCGGAAGAGGAAAUGGUAUGUGGUUCUCUAAUCGCAAUGUUCUGUACAAAUCUGUCUGUGAAGGUAGUCCAGAUGAUGAUUCGAAGACCGUCACUAUGCUUGUCUCUUCUAAACAAAUGAUACUUACAUCGCCUGUAUUUGAAGCAAUGCUUGGCGAUGAUAGAUUCAAAGAAGGGGCUGACUUGCUUGCUGAUGACAAAGUCGAUAUUGAGCUGCCUGAAGAUGACCCUGUUGCUUUUGCAAUCAAAACAGCUCGCGCACAAGUUUUUUCGGAAGGAUUUGCGGCACUUAAUGGUUUUCUCGAACGAGUAACUGAGCCACGUUCACAUUGUGACGACCAGGAUGACGUAUGCGGGAUCGUGACAGCUGGUUCCUUUCUGAAGAGCAUGGUAGUAAAUGGUUGUUGGCCGCUUCGUCCUGAACGAUACAGGAAUACAAAUCUCAGACGGCUUUUCAAAGGCAUCUCUAAAAUCGAGAUUCGAACCAAUUGCCUAGUGCGACAGAAGGUCGGAUAUUUUGAUUUCCCCACUAUGCCAGGAUGCAAGAAUCGGCAGAUGUUUACGAAGAUGAUUGAUGUCCAAAUCAAAGCAAUCAAAUCGAAGAUCUUUGGUCUUGAUAUCCAGAAGUUUCAGCACAAGCCAAAGCUUUUAGCUCAGGAAGGAGAUGACUUUACUGAACUCGAACCACGGAAAAUCAUUGCAAUUGAAUAAGCGGAUCAACGCCAAACCGGACGACAUUUACAAUAUAGGAGUCUACGGCGCUAGACUACUACAUAUACACAGCACAUUGCAUAGGCCGUGUGAAGGAUGAGCUCGUAAUCCACGAGCGCUCAUCAGCUUUGCAAAUACGACCUUGAGAGUCAUCGCUGAUUCGCUUCUGCCUCGUGAAUUUUCAAAGUUCUACCAUGGAACGACAUUGCUAGGAACUAUCAUUACGGGACCUUGGUCCGAGGGAUAUCUCAGGGAUAGCACACAUUUAUCAAAAGUCAUUAGUUACUUCGUUCUACGUUUUUUUCAAUUCACACCGCCAGAUCAAAAAAUGCAACAUAUCUCUAAACACAGGAAGAAUAAUCUGAAUCAGAUGCGUCUAAUACGAACCUGUUCCGAAACACUUUCAAUAUUCUCACAACCUUUCUUUCUAUGCAUCUGUCUAUUUCGUUCUAAUUGCUUCACGUUACUUCACUUAAUUAGUUACUAAUUAGUUAUGCGAAAGUAGUUAAUGUUUUAGUUUCAUUUUUGCCUCCUCCUAUGUCUUGGGGGCCUGAUUCUUUUGUAACAUCACCAUGCCCGCCCAUCUUUCAUUGUUUUGGCCCACACAUGCUAAUUUCGCUCCUCCUUUGGUAUUCUGAGAUGUAUGCA